AUGUCACUUCACGGUGGACAAUACGAACUUGGGAUGGAAGACAUGCUUAUGACCAAGACAUACGCCUUUGCUAACCGCUUCGACGUCCCGAAACUGAAAUCCGUGGUGUGUAUGGAGAUCACGGGAUUUGGAGAUGUGCACUAUGCGCCGUGCUUGGAAGUCGGAGAAUACGCGUUCACGAAUUUGGAUUCCAAUGAUCCGACUCUGGAUUUCUUCACAGAUACGAAUAUUAUCUUCUGGGAGCCAAGGUUUCAGGCCGAGGAAGACAAGAACUUGGAAGAUGGAAUGUACGAGAAGAUGCCCAGGCUAUUCCUUGUGAGGUCGAUGACGAAGUACGCAGAAUGGCUUCAUCUGCGGAAGGGUCUAACGAUGGGGGAGUUGGAUAUCUGUUCGCACCAUCAGCAUGCUUCAAGGGAGGAGCAGGAGGAGUGCUGGAAGCUUCAAGAGGACCUCAAAGCUGUGCAGAAGGCCGAGGCCGAGAUAUCAAUGAUUCAGAAGGCGAUGGCUGAAGAGGCAGCGGUUGAAAAGACAAAUGCCGAAAAACCGAAGACUGGAGAUCCAGGGAGAGAAUCAAGGGGACUGGCACGGAAACGACCGAGGUCCGAAUCGCUUGCAUAG